AUGAUUGGGAACACCAUGAAUUUUAAGCAGACUGCUUGGAAAUUUGGAGUCAUCAAAUAUCAGAGCGUACAUUUUCUCUGUGUAGUUAAAACACCUUAUAAACGCUCCGAACGCGAUAGCAUUGCGAACUACCGCGGACACAAAUUUGAGCAGUACAUGACGUCCGGGAUCAAUGAAACGUAUUUACCACCAGUGUCAGAUGUGAAGCAGUUUUUUGUGAUGAUAAAGCGAAAGCUCGGCAGUAUUCGACUACUCUUCAGAAGUGAGAUCGAUUGCAUCGAUUAUGCAGGACUGCGUUGGAACAAGGAUCUAGAUGUUGUGGCUCACAUGACAAGGAUCUGUUUGAUUUUGGUUGUUUCGGGCAUUUCACUUAUUGUGCUUUUUUGCAUCAUUAUGCAAAUGCAACCUUCGGCCUGGAAAGCACCAGCCUUGUCGGUGCGGUCAUGCGUUCUUGCGCUAGACUUGUAA